AGCCUCCAGUCGGGAUGGGGCCGACCUAAUGCGGCAAGGGCGCCCGACUGAGCCCCCGUUGCGUUACAAUAUUCACAUAGUACCCAAAAUGUCAGAUUGGGAAACAGACGAUGACGAUACAAAACUAUUGGAAUAGAGACCAGCUUGUUUUUGUUCCUGAUGAACUCUUAGCAACAUCAAUUACUUCAAAUAGCAACAAUUCCUGAAAAAUUAAAAAAAAUCGUUCUAUUGUGUGUUAGAUUAACUCACCUCGUUGAACUGAACAUAUACUUUAGUGGUUGCACUUUUUACUCCACCUCUGUAGGUGGCAGUAAUGAGCCGAAAAAGAGUGUAAUCUGCAAUAAAGGUAAAGCGGAAGGGGGGAUUUUCGUGCUUGCAAACCUGUAGAGGAGUGGUAUAUUCAGGUAGCACCCGCAAUGUCGGAUUGGGAAGCGGACGAUGACGAGACACAACGUGUAAUUAAAGCUGAGAAGCGGGAAUGGAAGCCGGUACAAUCCUGGAAAAACAGUCGUUUUGAGAGAAAAGAGGGAUGGGGUCCACCAAAGCCACAUGGAAGAGGGGAGCGAGUUGAGCUCCAGUGGCAGCCAAGUUGGCAGAGCUCCAGCGACGGUGCGAACAGAGCCGGAUCUCGAUUUGGGGAGAGAAGUAAAUCGCAAUCGACUGCAGCCUUGACCUUUACAAUUGAAAACUCGGCAAUCGGGAGAGUAAUAGGCCGAGGGGGUAUGAAAAUCCGUGAACUACAAGAAACUACCGGAACAAGAAUAAAGGUAAAUAGAGGAGAAUACCAAGGUGAGGUGCAGAUCUAUGGAAGAGGUGAUGCUCAACAGAAAGCCAAAGAGCUGAUUGAUGAGCUCUUGUCCGAGAAUUCGGAAGAUGGCUCGCGCUACAGAAGAGGCUCCAGGGACACCUGUAAUAGUGGAAGAAAGGAGUUGUGCUGGAGUAAAGCAGCAGUGCAGUCUACAGAGGUUUCAGCAGCACCGCCAAUAGACUGGGUUUCUUUGAGAGAAAACCGUCAUAGAUAUGAAGCGAUGAAGUGGGAAAAUCUCCCGCCAGUAAAAAAGGAGUUCUACAUUGAGGCAGAGAGUGUAACUAAUCUUACAGCAGAAGAAGUGGAAAAGUGGAGAAAGGAGAACAACAAUAUUUAUGUCGAUGACUUGAAAGAUGGAGAAAAGCGUCCCAUUCCAAAUCCAGUUAGAACAUUUGAGGAAGCUUUUCACCAUUAUCCGGAAAUCAUGGAAAAUAUUCUCCAAGUGGGAUUCCAAAAGCCUACACCCAUUCAGUCACAGGCAUGGCCAGUUGCACUGAAGGGGAUUGAUUUAAUUGCAAUAGCCCAGACUGGGACUGGAAAAACCCUGGUUUACCUUCUACCUGGCUUCAUCCAUAUGGACCAGCAGCCUGUUUCAAGGAAGAAACGCGAUGGUCCUGGAAUGCUGGUUCUCACUCCAACCAGAGAGCUGGCUUUGCAGAUCGAGGCCGAGUGUGCCAAAUACACCUACAAAGGUUUCACAAGCAUUUGUAUUUAUGGAGGAGGAGACCGAAAAUCCCAGAUAAACAUGGUGACACAAGGAGUGGACAUCAUCAUUGCAACACCGGGAAGACUGAAUGACCUUCAGAUGAAUGCGUAUAUAAAUCUGAAGAGCAUAACAUACUUGGUCUUAGAUGAGGCAGAUCGCAUGCUGGACAUGGGUUUUGAGCCUCAGAUCAUGAAGAUUAUCCUGGACAUCCGGCCAGACAGACAGACUAUAAUGACAAGUGCUACUUGGCCGGCUGGUGUGCGACGUCUUGCCAAGUCCUACCUCAAAGACCCUAUGAUGGUGUACGUGGGAACUCUGGAUUUAGCCGCGGUGAACUCUGUUGAACAAGCUGUUCUUAUCGUACAAGAAGAGGAGAAGAAGGAUUAUGUUUUUGAUUUCAUCCAAAAGAUGGGACCGGAAGACAAAGUCCUAAUUUUUGUUGGAAAAAAACUAGUUGCUGAUGACUUGUCAAGUGACCUUUGUCUUCAUGGUAUUCCGGUGCAGUCUCUACAUGGAGACAGGGACCAGUGUGACAGAGAACAAGCACUGGAUGACUUUAAGAAAGGUAGAGUGCGAAUACUGGUUGCUACUGAUCUAGCAUCCCGGGGGCUUGAUGUGCAUGACAUCACCCAUGUGUUUAACUAUGACUUCCCCAGAAACCUCGAGGAAUACGUCCAUCGGGUGGGGAGAACUGGAAGAGCCGGCCGCUCAGGAGCAUCUUUAACCCUGGUGACAAGGCAAGAAUGGAAAAUAGCUUCCGAACUUGUUCACAUUCUUGAAAGGGCAAACCAGGCUGUCCCCGAGGAGCUGGUGCUGAUGGCAGAGCGGUACGAGAAGCACCAGCACGAGAAGGAGCUGCUGGGGGGCAGCAGCAGAGGAGCGGGUGGCAGGAGGGGCAGAGAGAAGCAGCGUGCCAACUCCAGCUGGAAACUCUGACCUGCAGCAUGUGGGUGAACUGCGAUUUAUUCCCAUCAUCUGGAGCACUGUCCAGUUUGGUCAUUAGAAUCCUCAAAGCUUUGCAGUGCUAAAGUAUUGUGUGCCAGUUACACACUGUUCAUGUGUGCAGUUAGUAUCAGAGUUUGUGUUGUUCACACAUAUAAAAGCAUAUUAUAAUAAUACAGAAAAUGGCUCACUGAUAAGAAGGUUUUUUAUACCAGGUUUUACUAAACAUAAGUAAUAUUGUGUAGUUAUUCUUAUUUCUUAGGUCAUCACAUAGGUCUCAGAUUUUUCUUCUGUUCUCUAAUCUACCGUUUUAAUGCUACCUGCAAACUAGUAAAGGCAAUAUAAUUGUACUUUUAAAGUUCUGCAUUUAGGGCUUGCCAUGCUUCUUACAUUGAACACCAUUAACAUUUGCGUUUGUUUUAUCGGUUUUGAAAUAUGAGUUAUUUUUAACCUCCACUUUAAAAAAAAAAUACACUGCAAAAGAAUUUUGAUUCAGAUUUGUUAUGCAUUUGUUUGGUUACCAUUAUUUGAGUGUAUGACUACAGAAACACCAUUUAUUAAAGUCCCUUUUUUUAGAUGAUAAAAUUUACCCAAAAUUCCUAUUUAGCCAAAAUAGCCUUGAGGAUCACUAAGUUUCCUUUGGGAAUUUCCCACAAAUGAUGCAGUUUGUGCUUUUAACAGUAGAAUAACUUAAUUAGAAAAUUAGAACUAAGUAUGAACUAUAAGAUAUUGCAAAUGAAAAUGUAUCUUGUGUGAAAUUUGUGCAUUGUUUGCUGUCCAAUGCAAGUUGAAAUAUGUACUGAAAUAGUGCAUAUUUUGAGAAAAGUGUAAAUAGCGUACACAUCUGUGCUUUUUCAACACUAAGUUAAGUUUCAUAUUUUUCUAACUGGACACAAGCAAUGAAAGCAAUGGACCUCUUAAAGUUUUAGGAUCCCUAUCCAUGUUUUAUGAUCAUCUCAAAUUAACAUCUUUCUCUCUGGUUCAAAACUGUAUAGUAAACCAAGUACUCAAUUAGUACUGAUCUUGAUAAGAUGGAUCCGCAGUUGCAUAGAACAUAAUUAAGUCUUUACAAAGUUAAAUUUACUAAGCAGUUCAAGUGAGUUAAGUGCAGUGCCCAUUGAUGUGUAUGCGUGGAUUUCCAUGUUUAUUCCCAUCUGCCAUGGUAAAUCCCCUACCUUUGGUGGGAUUUUCCAUGAACUUCCCAGAUAAACUGAAAUUCAAUUCUAAAA